AUGGGUCGCAAAUUCUUCGUCGGAGGUAACUUCAAGAUGAAUGGGACAAUCAAGUCCAUCAAAGAGAUCGUCCACAAUCUGUCUACUUCCAAGCUUGAUCCCGACACCGAAGUUGUCAUUGCUCCCCCGAGCUUGUACCUACUCCUGGCACGCGAACAUCUCGGCCCAAAUAUCGAAGUUGCUGCCCAGAAUGUUUUCGACAAACCCCACGGUGCUUUCACCGGUGAGAUCUCUGUCACCCAGUUGAAGGACAGCAACAUCACAUGGACGCUGUUGGGCCACUCCGAGCGCCGCACGAUUCUCCGCGAGCAAGACGACUUCGUGGCUACAAAGACAAAAGCUGCACUUGAUGGCGGCAUUGGCGUAAUACUGUGCUGUGGUGAAAGCCUUGAGGAGAGAGAACAGGGAGUUACUACCGAGGUCGUCACCAGACAGCUAGAGGCUGUUAACAAGACCAUUGGCAAGGAUGGCUGGAAGAAUGUCGUGAUCGCAUAUGAACCUAUCUGGGCUAUUGGAACAGGCAAAGUUGCCACAACUGAGCAAGCACAAGAGGUCCACGCGGCUAUCAGAAAAUGGCUCUCCGAAGCCGUUUCGUCCGAAGUCGCCGAAGAAACAAGGAUCAUCUAUGGUGGCAGCGUUAGCGAGAAGAACUGCAGAGAGCUGGCCAAACAAUCUGACGUGGAUGGAUUCCUGGUCGGCGGUGCGAGUCUAAAGCCUGAGUUCGUUCAGAUCAUCAACGCCAAAGUGUAG